AAUCAUCCCGCCCUCGAGUCCACACACACACACACACACACACACACGCUGCUGCUGCUGCUGGCUAGCGAUGCCGAACUGAGUCCUAAUCCUGAAUCUGUGACAAAACAAUAUAUAAUAAUCUACCGGAAUAAGCGCCCGUCGACGGUGAUUUAUCGUCCCGGUCUGACAGACUGUUAGCUUCAAGCUAACUCAGCGCUGAGGAAAGUUUGCGCGAGGACCACCUUCUGUGCGCGCGCGCGCGCGUGUACGUGUGUGUGUGUGUGUGGUUUUUCUCCUCUAAAUCAAAUUUCACACGGAAAGUUCGGGAAUGUCUCUGUCGGUACCGCAGAACGGACAGGGCGAUAACGAGCCCGUUAUCGAGCUUUUUGUCAAGGCUGGCAGUGAUGGAGAGAGCAUAGGGAACUGUCCUUUCUCCCAGCGCCUCUUCAUGAUCCUCUGGCUGAAGGGAGUGGUAUUUAAUGUCACCACCGUUGACCUGAAAAGGAAACCAGCAGAUCUUCAGAACCUGGCUCCAGGAACACACCCUCCUUUCAUCACGUUCAACAGUGAAGUCAAGACUGAUGUUAACAAGAUCGAGGAGUUCUUGGAAGAUGUACUCAGCCCACCCAAGUACACUAAGCUCGGUGCCAGGCACCCUGAGUCCAACACAGCAGGGAUGGACAUCUUUGCCAAGUUCUCAGCCUACAUCAAGAACUCCAAACCGGACGCCAACGAGGCUCUGGAGCGAGGUCUGCUAAAGACUCUGCAGAAGUUGGAUGAAUACCUGCGCUCUCCGUUGCCCGAUGAGAUCGACCACAACAGCGUGGAGGACAUUAAAGUGUCCACACGCAAAUUCCUGGAUGGAGACGAGAUGACGCUGGCUGACUGCAACCUGCUUCCAAAACUGCACAUCGUCAAGGUGGUGGCAAAAAAGUACAGAGGUUUUGAGAUCCCUAAAGACAUGACGGCUGUGUGGAAGUACCUGAGCAACGCGUACUCCCGUGACGAGUUCACCAACACCUGCCCCAGUGACAAGGAGAUUGAGAUCGCCUACGCCGACGUGGCCAAGAGGCUCGUCAAAUAAACAGCCUCACCAAACCCACCACCCCCACUUUUUUUUAAACCCCCCCCCAACACUGGGUCAUCUUUAAUUUUACACAGAAAAAAAACAAGUACAGACUCUCUUUUUUUUUCUGAUUCUUUAGAGUAUAAUAACCCAGUGCAUGACAUAUUAUAUAUAUAUAUUUUUUUUCUUCUUCUUCUUCCUAAUUCACACAUCUUAAAGAUCCUACAUUCGAAGGAAAAUCUGUCUGAUUCUAUUUAACCUUUUUAUUUUUUAAUCACACGAGAAGUGCAAGUGUUAAUUUAACAAGUGUGUAUCGGUACAGCUCACUAUAGCUCACACAUGCGCGCACACUCCUCUUCCUUUAGCAGCACAAGAGUGUGUAUUCACCAUCCUUUUAUGAUUUGGGUGAAAGAGAGCUGCUUUUCUAAGCUUGCACAGCGAGCAUCUCUGAAGCUUUUUUUUUUCUGACAAAUUCACAGCUAAACAGUGUUGGAAGCUCCAGUGUUUUGUUUUUUCUUAGUUUUUGAGAGCGCUUCAUCAGGCACCGACUGAUCAUCAGACUCCGAAAUGAAGGUAGACCUUUAAAAUUAAAAUAAAAAAAAAAAAUCUGUUUUUCAUUUUUUCAGAUAUUAUUAUUUUUAUUUAAACUCUGCCCACUUGCUUUUUUUUUUUUUUUUAAAUAAAACACCACACUAGAGGUGAAGCUGGACAGCCAUUCAUUUUUUUUAAAUUAAUUUCUGCUGUGCUUGAUUGUACUUUAAUCAUAGAUUUAAGAGGGAAAAAAAGUUUGUUAGGUUUAAAAAAAAAAAAAAAAAAAAAAAAAAAAAAAAGAAAAGUAAAGUGUGUUGAUGAUGUGGACAGGGGUGCCAAAACUUGUACUGGUGGUCUGAAGGCGAUAAGAAAUCAACAGGCGAACUUGGGACCGGCUUUUUUUUUCUCCCCCCCCAUCGGAUAAACGUACAAAUUUCAACGUACAAAUGUUUUUAUUUUUUAUGACCAAACUAAAGACAUUUCAGUUCUCACUUCAGUUCUUUUUUUUCAGUUUUCUUUUUUUUUUCCUUAAAAAAACCUUUGAAUGUAGCUGAAUGAACGCCUUAAUCAGGUGCAUGACUUUUAAUACGACACCUCGUCUGGCCUUAUAUUCUUACGAUUCGUGUUUGUAUUAAACGACAAUAAAGACAAAAGUGGUGAAAAAAUGCUGCAAAUCACGAUUGUACACUAUAGGUGUAUAUAUCUAUAGAUGGUCAUGUAUCAUUAUUCUUUUUUUUAUUUUAGUAAUUAUAACUUGAUCUAGAAAAAACGACUACAGCUUUAUCUUUUUUCUAACAUUCGUUGGAUUUUGAUUAUUUUUUUUUUAAAUAAAAAGGUACAAUUGUGCAUUUUUUUGUUCCCACAAAUUUUUUUUUCUUGUUUGAACCGUUCCAUUAUGACAAUACAGUGGUCUGACGACGAAUGUUUCUACUCACAAGUGAACGAAUAAAACGUGUCUGGAUAUUUAUUCCACAGCAGGACAAAGCGAGAUGAUUUUACUAACGAGCUUCUGUUAAACGGAGCCUUCUGUGUUUCCUGUGAGGAAGUUGUUCUGUACGCGUGUACGUUUGUACGACGAUCAGGAUUCGAAGGUUUACUUUCACACCGUAUCCGGAGGGAAGAACACUAACAUGACACCUCACACUCCAGAAGUGCAGAAUUAAGAGUGUUAUAUUCAGUUAUAGCUGGAGGAAAAGACUUUUUUUAUGUCUAAUCAUUUAGAUGCUGUAGAUAAAUUCAGAGUCAGGUUUGGAGUGUGGUUUAUUGUAGUGUUUUGUGUGUGUAUAGGAGUCAGAUCUAGUGCCACCCUCUGGACUUCUGGUUCUAUACAAUAAGGACACACACGCACACACACACACACACACACACACACGCACACACACACACACACACACACAAAUACAGUAUAUAAAGAAAUAAAUAUUUAGAACUGUGUUGUUACUCAGUAAAAGCUUAUUGUUUAAGUGCCAUAUUAGAUAUUUGCCUUAUUUGUUUGUUUAGAUUGUCUCAGUGAGUAUCUUAAAAAAAAGUUGGUUAGGUUUUUUA